GGCUGGGAGAAGUCCCCUGCCCCUCUGCAGAGCUAAGCAAGGUGGGGCCCGCUGCCUCCUGCGAUCUGAAACCUCUGUGGCCGAGCUUCCCGCCCUGUGGGGCCCCCGCGGACGCCUCACUAUCCUGUCUGACCUCAGAGACCGUCUUCCUGCAGAAGGCCGGCCACCAUGGUUUGCUCGCGGCCACCUGCGCUGCUCGGCCUCUUGGUGCUCAGUUGCAUGAUGACCCCAGGCAUCUGGGGGCAAAAGUUCCAGCUCUGGGUAGAGCCCCAGAACCCUCUGGUACUUGCUGGCACGUCCUUCAAGCUAAACUGCUCCACAGACUGCCCCCAGCCCCAGAAGAUAAUCCUGGAGACCUACCUAUCCAAGAAGACAGUGACCAGGGGCGAGGGCUGGGAGACCUUCCAGCUGGAUAAUGUGACCAAAGAUGCUGUGGUCAUUUGUGCUGCCAUUUGCCAGCAAGGCCAGAUCACCAACACCUCCAGGGUCAUCACCUAUGGAUUCCCCGCGAGUGUAGACCUGGCCCCUCUGCCCCCGUGGCUGCCGGCGGGUGAAAAUCUCACUCUGAGCUGCAAGGUAGCGGGAGGGGCGCCCCGGGACAACCUCACGGCGGUGCUGCUCCGCGGGGAUGAGGAGCUGAGCCGGCAGCCUGUGCCGGGGGUUCCCGCCGACGUGGUGGAGGUCACGGCCACGGUGCGGGCGCGCCGCGAGGACCACGGCGCCAAUUUCUCGUGCCGCACGGAACUGGACCUGCGCCCCGUAGGGCUGGGACUGUUCGAGAACAGCUCGGUCCCCAGGCAGCUCCGAACCUACGUCUUGCCUGGCAACGGCCCACGCAACACUGUGCGCCGCUAUUUGGAGGUGGGGAAGUUGUGGCCGGUGAAUUGCAGCCUGGACGGACUGUUCCCCGCCUCCGAGGCCCAGGUCCAGCUGAUGCUGGGGAACCAGAUGCUGCAUCCCGUAGUCUCCACCCACGGGGACACGCUGACGGCACUGGCCAUAGUCAACGCGAGCGAGGGGCAGGAGGGCGCCCACGAGAUGGUUUGCAGCGUGACCCUGGGAGGCGAGAGCCGCGAGUCUCGGGAGAAUGUGACAUUUUUCAGUUUCCCGGGGCCCACUCUGACUCUGAGCGAUUCUGAGGUCCACGAAGGAACCACAGUGAAUGUUAUUUGUGCAGCCGCGCCCCCAGCCCAGGUCUGGCUGGACGGUGUCCGGGCCACCAGCCCCGGGCAGCCGAUCAAGCUUCAGCUAAAUGCCACGGAAAAAGACGACAGGCGCACUUUCUUCUGCAAUGCCACCUUUGAGAUGGAGGGGGAGACCCUGUACAAGAAUAAGAGCGUCCAGCUGCGGGUCCUCUACCGUCCCAAGAUUGACAGAGCCAAAUGUCCCCAGCGUCAGAUAUGGAAAGAGGAAACUACCCGUGUCCUGGACUGCCACGCCCAGGGUAACCCGGACCCCCUACUGAAGUGUUUGCAGAACAGCUCCGGGCACUCGGUGCCAGUGGGGAUCCCGCUCUUCGUCAAGUUAAACUACAGCGGUACCUACCACUGCCAGGCGAUCAACUCACUGGGCACGUACACUCUGAUGGUGGAGAUUAACGUUCAGGGGCGUAACCCGCUCAGCGUCACCAUCAUCUUGACAGUGUUAGUGAUCCUGGGCGUGGCGACUGUCGGAGCCGGCCUUGUCUACGUCUCCCGGAUUCAUAAACGGAGCGACAGCUACCACGUGAAGCAGGAGGCCAAGUCGUCUCUGAUGCCUCAGUCCAACGAGACAGAGGCGGAGGUGGCAGUCUGAGUCCGGGAGCGGGGUGGGGCAGGCUCCUGGGUUCAAGAGAACUGGCGUUUGGUUGUUUCUCUGGGUUCCGCACCAAUAAAGUCUUCAAAAUCCGGCGUCCGUAGUUUGAUUCCACCUGAAUGAGUUGCGUGUCCCUUGAGUGACAGCCCCGUGGCGCAAAGGGGCAGGGCCAGG